AUGGCAUUAUCUCCGGACGCUCCGCCGGCCAACCUCGCCCGCCGACAUCCUCAACUACGUCUGAGCUGGUCUUUUGGCCCCACUAACAGCAAUCCCAGGCCCGCACUCAGACGGGCCAAAAAAGCUUGCACCGAGUGUCGCCAACAGAAGGCAAAAUGUGACGCUUACAUGAACCCCGAUCUUCCAUGCUCCCGCUGCAUCAGGAUGAAAACCCGCUGCGUCAUCUCGGAUCCAUUUCGCAGAGAACACAAGCGCCAGCGUCUCUCCGAGCUUGAACAGGAAACCGACGAAUUGCGCCGAAAGUUGAGAUGCGACCGUUCCGAAUCGCUGCAACAGUCUCCCAUCGCCAUGCUGACAGCUGCGGCGGAGAUGGGAGUACAUUCCACACCGGCCACAGGGCACUUGAAUCUUCCUCCUCAACCACACACCAUCUCAAACCCCUAUCACUCCCAGCUCACACCUCAAAUGAGUCCGACUUUGUCCUAUCCCCAAAUGCAAGUGGUGCCAGUCGAAAUGUCCGACCCUACAGAACCGCGCACCUUGAAGACUGUCAAACUAACAGGGUCUGAAAUCGACGAACUUUUCCGACUGUUCUUCCGAGACUACGCCUGCUUUUUGCCCAUCUUAGACCCUCAAACGACUCCAAAUGCCUACCACGCUCAGUCGAAUUUCCUUUUCUGGGCCAUAGUCGGCGUUGCGUCGAGAUCAUACGCCGAGAACCCCACGCUGCUCAUGGCCGUCUCACCAAACAUCACCGAGAUGGCCUUGCUCUCAGUCACGUCGACUGCGCCCGCUUGGCACACCAUUCAAGGGCUGUUGCUGGUCCUGACUUGGCCCUUUCCAAAGGAAAUCAAUAAAACAGAUGUGAUGUUUCCCCUCAGCGGCAUGCUCCUGCACAUUGCAAUGCAGAAUGGAUUGCACAUCCCUUUGUCGAGUCAUGAAUUCGCCAAGAGGAAUAUACCUGCCCCAUCGGAAGCAGACAUGGCCAGACGGGCCGAACUGUGGGCACGUUGUGUCAUCGUAUAUCAGCGCGCGUGCGUAACGAAAGGACAAUGCCCUCGGUCAAUGGUAGACUUGCAGCAAGACCUGGGUCAGCAACAAGUCUUAUCUCAGAAAAUUGCCCCGUCUCUGGCACUGGAACUCAGAUGCCUAGAGCUGAUCGCCCGAUGCAGCGCAGCCGUAUUGGAGUUUGGAGUUCGAACCAUGUUACCCGAGCAAGAAAAGUCGUUUGAUAUUCUCCUGCGCACGUUCGAGCGCCAGGCAACCGAGCUCGAGGCCCUUGCGAACUCAGCGAACGAUCGAUUCCACACGACCAUGUGUCGCUUGUGCGUCCAGAUGUUCCAUCUUUUUAAGCAUCAGACCAUAUAUACAUCUGGCUGCCUCACACGACUUGCGACCACGGCAUGUAGGACUAUCGAUUGUAUCCAGGAACUUGGGCAAAACAUGGCCAACCUUGCUAGUGCUCCAAUGCAGAUGACCUAUGGGCUUCUUCUCCCGGCAUCGGCGCUCCUGCGAAUCCUCAAAUGCUCCAACGAUACUGACCUAGACAUUGCAAGAGGGAAGAAGGCCCUCUUCAGUGCGAUAAACAUGGCUAGACACAUGUCAGUGGAUGUUCAUGAUACUGCGUCGAAAAUCGCAAUAGUCAUGAACCAGCUCUGGAACAGCUCCAAGGUAUUCCGAAAAGCCGAUGGGACCGGAUUCAUCGCACUCCGCAUCCGCAGCCGCCUCGUGCUCAGCCCUGUUAUCGAUACGAUCUGGUGGUGGCGCGAUGAAUUUGAGCCACAGUUCUAUCCUUCUAGCGCAGCCCAAGCGACUGUGGCUGAAGGAGCCGACUCUACUAGUACCCAGAUAAGCGGACCGUCCAAUGCCCCCUGUGGUCUUGCGGACCGACAUGAUCCCGUGCUGUUUGAUGAUCAGUUCCUUGCAGACUUUGAAUGGGCACUAAGCAACGACGGCCUCCUGCAACCGACCGAGCCAUAUGGGUCAGCCUGGCCUGCCGCAGGGACGAUAGCCUAG